AUGCCGUUCGCCGUCAUUGCUUGUGCGUGGACCGUGGGCAGACUGGACUCACACCAGGGCAAUGGGCCGGCGAAGGCUGAGCUCCGAGUGCCGCCAGGGGACGCUGCAGCCACAGGUCUGAGGGCGGGGCCAACUGAGCAGGGGCGGAGCCAGGUCGCGGGGACGACCUGUGGGGGCGAGGUCGAUGGCGGGGACGGUGGAAUCCUUGCGAUCCGGCAAGGAGAAAGUUAUGACAGGGAGGAGAGGUUGUUAAAGAACCUUCAGUCUGUUCAGGAUGUGAUGCCAGAGCGUGUGGCAAACUCAGCUUCCAGAGCACUCUUGACUUCUGUCGUUGCUUGGGAGAGGCUGGGAUCUGAAGCAAUCACCUACACCGUGAAGCCAGGCCCGUGGUCCUCCAUCACACACAGACUCCCUGUUUCCACAGCCCAGCAAAAGAGAGGAGCACACUCAAAGAUGAGGUUGCCUAGGCUGCUGGAGGUCCUGAGCGCUCUGGAGGGAGAUGAGUUUGGCAGCAACAGGGAGGAGAUUUUCUUUGCACACACCCACACACACACACACAUACACACACACACACACACAUAGUGUCUCCGGGACUUCACUGAUGAGGAUUCUGGUGAAGAAGACCGUGGCCAGAAUGGUACCCAGCUGUCUGGCCGGGUGCUGCGUGCUUCAGUCAUGUCUGAGGACUCAGACCCCCAGGAGGAGGGGGACUAUGACAAGCCAGAUCUGCAACCAGCCAAGAAAAGGCAGAAGGCAGCAGCAGAACCUCGAUGUAUUUGGACCGAGAGAGACAUCCGGCCAGACGUUGGUAGCUGGACAGCUCAGAUCCCUAUAGAAGACCUGAAAACUAAGGAACUGAGUUUCUUAGGCCUCUUCGAACUGUUUUUUUUUGACGGAACAAUUAGUUUCAUUGUUAAUGAAACCAACUGUUAUGCUCAACAAAAAAAUAUCACCCUCGAUCUCACAGCCCAGGAACUGAAGUGUGCUUUGGGCAUCUUGAUUUUAAGUGGGUACGUCUCCUACCCAAAGCGGAUGUUUUGGGAGACAGCUCCUGACUCUCAGCAUCACCUUGUGGCUGAUGCUAUUAGAAGGGACAGAUUUGAGCUGACCCUCUGCAUUUUGCAGAAAGCAGUGAACUCUGAGAGCAAUCAGUUUGCCAAGGUCAGGCUCCUCAUGGUCCGUAUGAACUGUAACUUCCAGAAGCAUGAUCCCCCGGAAGAGUUCUACAGCUUUGGUGAAUCCAUCUGUGAAUACUUCGGGUGCAGGGGAUCCAAGCAGCUGUACUCCGGGAAGUCGGUCUGUCUAGGCUAUAAGAUCUGGUGUGGAACGACCAGCAGAGGCUACCUGGUGCGGUUUGCACCUUCACAGGGCUCCCUGUUCACCAAGCCAGACCGGGGCUUGGAUAUAGGAGGCAAUAUGGUGGUCAGAUAUGGCCCCCGGCUAUACCACAUAUUCUUUGACAAGGUCUUUACAAGCGUCAAACUGAUGUCCAUUUUGAGAAAAAAAAAAAAAGGAGUGAAGGCCACAGGAACUGUUUGUGAGUACAGAACUGAGCGUUGCCCUCUCCAGGAUCCCAGAGAACUGAGGAAAAUGAAAAGGGGCUCAUUUGUCUACAAGGUGGAUGAGCGUGAGAUCAUUGUGUGCCGCUGGCUCAGCAGCCGCGUGGUGAACAUCUGCUGCAAUGCGGUGGGCGUAGAGCCAGUGAGGCUGACCCGCUGCCACCUGGGAGAAGCCAAAGCUCCGGCACAGGGCCAUUGGCCAUCCCUAGUGAAGCUCUAUGGGGAGAGGGCCAGAGGGGUUGACCAGAUGGACAUCGCCAAGUACAAGGUGAAGAUCCGCGCCAUGAAGUGGUACUUGAGUUUCAUCAGCUACAUUAUUGACGCGGUCCUCAACAGGGCGUGGUAGCUGCACAGGUUGUGCUGUCAGGACACAUACAUGGACCUCCUCACCUUAGGCAGGAACAUGACCCGCCUGUAUCUGGAGAGCAAAGCAGACACUUCCUCACAGGGGAGGUGGAGCCAGAGGGCAAAGACUGAGAAUCGCUUCGAUAUGAUUGGACACUGGAUUGUCCAUCAGGACAAGAGUCCCUGGUGUGCCCUCUGCCAUUCACAGACCAACACCCGCUGUGAGAAAUGCCAGAAGGGUGUCCAUGCCAAGUGCUUCCAGGAACCACACUCCGUGAGGCCUGAGACCUGCUUCUUCCAGCUAUAG